CACUUCCCAUCAGCAAUAUAUAACUCUUCUUUCUUCUUACAUACAUUAGCAAUAAUCAAUCAAUCAUGGGUUCUAGCUUGCUUUGUUUCUCCCUUAGUCUUCUUCUAGUGUUGCAUGGUACCUUUGCUCAACAAAGAUUCCAACAGCAACAAGGUCAGUGUCAGCUCAAUAGACUUAGCCCUCAGGAACCCAAUGUUCGGAUUCAAGCCGAAGCUGGGUUAACGGAUGUAUGGGACCCAAAUAACCAGCAGUUCCAAUGUACCGGUAUCUCCCUCAUUCGACAUGUCAUCCAGCCUAGAGGCAUGCUGUUGCCUUCCUACCUUAAUGCUCCUCUCCUUGCCUAUGUUGAACAAGGUAGGGGAUUUUUUGGCAUCAUGAAUUCUGGAUGCCCUGAAACUUUCCAGUCGUCACAGCAAUUUCAGCAAGGUGAAAGGGGUGCAGGAUCAAGGUUCCAAGAUCAUCACCAGAAGAUUGGACAGUUCAGACAGGGUGACAUUAUUGCCUUCCCUGCUGGAGCUGCUCACUGGGCUUAUAACGAAGGAAAUGAGGAGCUCGUUCUUGUUGGUUUCGAGGAUAGCGGUAACAGUGCUAACCAGCUCGAUCAAACUUCAAGAAGAUUCUUCAUAGCUGGAAACCCACAACAAGGAGAACGACAACAGGGACAACAAGAAGGAGCCCGCAGGGAGCAAUUCCAAUCUGGAAAUGUGUUCAGCGGCUUUGAACAAGAGUUGUUGGCGGAGGCAUUCGGCGUAGACAGGGAGACAGCAAGGAAGCUUCAGGGACAAGAGGACCAAAGAGGCCACAUAGUUAACAUUGACCAGGGGCUUAGGGUUGUGAGGCCACCACUCUCACAAGAACAAGAGGAGCGUGAGGAGAGACAAGAGCAAGGACAAUGCGGUGGUCCUCGCAUGAACGGAAUUGAAGAAACCAUCUGCUCCGCUAGACUAAGGCAGAACAUCGACAACCCUGCUCGUGCUGAUGUCUACAAUCCACAAGCUGGACGCUUCACCACUGUCAACAGCUUCACUCUCCCCAUCCUCGGCUUCCUCCGCCUCAGCGCUGCCAGAGGAGUCCUCUACAGAAAUUCUAUCAUGGCACCACACUGGGUGACAAAUGCACACAGCAUAAUCUACAUAACAAAGGGAGAAGCAAGGAUGCAGGUUGUGGACCACAGAGGACAAGCAGUGCUAGAUGACAGAGUGCGACAGGGGCAGGUUGUGGUAGUGCCACAGAACUAUGCCGUGGUGAAACACGCUGAAAACGAAGUGUUCGAGUGGGUAGAAUUCAACACCAAUGACAAUGCCAUGUUGAACACACUGGCUGGCCGCACUUCGGCUAUUCGAGGAUUGCCCCUGGAUGUGAUUGCCAAUUCUUACCAAAUCUCAAGGGAAGAGGCAAGGAGGCUGAAGUUCAAUAGAGAGGAAACUCUCAUUUUCGGUGCUUCAGGAAGAUCCCGCUCGUCAGAGAGAGGAAUUGCCGCUGCUUAAUAUUGCGUUUUUCCAAUGUAAAAAGCUAAACUUUAAUAAAACAGAGGAUCUUAUGGGGUCAUAUUUCUAAUGAUGUAAUGGCAACUGUUAUGUAAAUGUACUAAAAGCGGCAAGUUCUUGUAUUUUGGGAAAUAAAAGGAGAACUACUUAGCUUUUGCCUUUA